AUGACAACAGAGUCGAAAACCAUCCUGCUUGCUGGCGACGGUACCACCCGUGCAGAGCAGCGCCUGGAUAUGAGUAAUCGCCAUGGUCUGAUCGCUGGGGCCACAGGUACGGGUAAAACCGUGACACUGCAGGUCCUCGCGGAAGGGUUUGCGCGCGCUGGCGUGCCAGUGUUCGCAGUAGAUGUAAAAGGUGAUCUGUCGGGCAUCUCGCAGCCCGGGCGCCCACACAAAGAAAUUGAUCGUCGCGUCAAUCUUCUUGGCUUGUCUGACUAUAAAGCCAGCCCGCACCCCACUUUGUUCUGGGAUAUUUUUGGUGAGCGUGGUCACCCUGUCCGCACCACCAUUUCAGAAAUGGGUCCGGAUAUUCUGGCAGCUUUGCUGGAUCUGAACGAAACGCAAACCGGCAUUUUGUACGCCUGUUUUGCGAUCGCGGACGAUGAAGGCCUGUUGCUGCUGGACCUGAAAGAUCUGCGCAGCCUGCUUGCGUUCAUGAGUGACAAUGCCAAAGCGCUACGUGGCGAAUACGGCAAUAUUUCUUCUGCCUCUGUAGGCGCGAUUCAACGACGUCUACUGGUGCUUGAGGCUCAGGGUGGAGAGCGUUUGUUUGGCGAGCCGGCCAUUGCUCUGAAAGAUCUGAUGCAGAAAGACUUCUCCGGCAUCGGUGUCAUCAGUCUGUUGGAUGCUGAACGGUUGGUACGCGAGUCGCCCAAGCUGUACGCAGCGUUCCUGUUGUGGCUGCUGUCUGAAUUGUUUGAAGAGCUGCCGGAAGCAGGAGAUCUGGAACAACCCAAAAUAGUGCUGUUUUUCGAUGAAGCGCAUCUGUUGUUCAAAGACAUGCCCAAAGGCCUGCUUGAAAAAGUUGAACAGGUCUUUCGACUGAUUCGCUCCAAAGCUGUGGGUAUUUAUCUCAUUACCCAAUCGCCGUUGGAUGUGCCUGAAAAUGUGCUCGGCCAGAUGGGCAUGAAAAUCCAGCACGCCUUGCGCGCGUUUACCCCUAAAGACCAGCGUGCAAUUCGCGCGGUUGCAGCAGGUUUUCGUAAUGACACAGGCGUCGACGUGGUGGGCACUAUUACAAAUCUGGGGCUGGGCGAAGCACUGGUUUCCAGUCUGAAUGAAGAUGGUGCACCUACCUCGGUGGUGGCUGGUACCGUACCGCCGCCCCAGGCUCAGAUCGGCCCGAUAGAAGAUGCCACGCGGGCAAAAGCCAUAGCAGACUCGCCCAUGUCGGGACGCUACGAAACGGAGAUAGAUCGGGACUCGGCGUUUGAACUGUUAGCAGAGCGAACCGAAGCCGCGGUCGAGCGCGCCGAGCGCGAGGCGGCACAGGAAGCUGCGGAAGAAGCAAAGCAGGCGCAGGAAAAAGCAGCGCAAAAAGAGGCGGAACAGAAAGCCAGGCAAGAGGCCCGUGAACAACGUGCGCGAUCUGGCGGCUCACGCCGGCAAAGUGCUGGGGAAGCGUUUAUUAAAAGCACGCUGCGCAGUGUCGGGCGCUCAUUGGGGUCACGCCUGGUGCGCGGUAUUCUCGGUUCGCUCCGUAAGUAG